AUGUCUCUAAGAUUUGGAAGAAUGUUUAAAUCAAAGCAGCUGGAAAGAGAAAAGCAAAAAGAAUUGGAAAAGCAAUUGGAAAUGGAAAGAGAAAUAGCUGCUGCUGCUGAACAAGCUUCCAACUUCAACAUGACUCAAUCAAUUAUCACCAGCACUGUCUCCUCCAUAAUCAACGAAGACGCUUUUGAUUCCUUGCCUUUGCCUAACAUCCCUUCUUCAAGAUACCAAAACCACGUAAUAAGCAGCAGUUCAAGCAUCAGCAACAUGUCCCUCAACCACUACCACUCAAAGAACUCCUCAAUAAGCACAACCACAAUCAACACACUCAACAACAGCAAUAGCAACAACAGCAAUACCAGCAGCAGCAACAACAACAGCAACAACGGCAACGGCAACGGCAACAGCAACAGCAACAGCAAUAGCUUCAACAACCUCAAUAACCUUAGCAAUAACAAUCUUUCUGCUAACAAUGUCAAUAUCAAUAUCAAUACCAGCAAUUUCAAUACAAUAAUUAACAGCAACAAUAACUACUCGACUUCUCAAUUACAUCGAUCAUAUUCAAACGUAAUCCAUUCGUCGAGUCCCUCCCUAACUGAACUCGAUAGCUUUGGAGCAUCCAAUUCAUCCAAUAUGGAAAACACCCUAAGCACAGUCAGCGACUAUUCAAACAACCAACUAGUAGUUUUAAAACUAUCCCCAGCUGAAAUAUCCAUAUUGAGACAGAGUUGGAACGAAAACAUAUCUCCACCAUAUGAAAAGGUCGAUGGAAUUUUACAAUUGGUCGACGAAGACUCCAAGAUAAACUCCCUAUCUGAAGUAUUUAGUUCGAUUCAGUUUUGGAAUGAGAUUCAAAACAACGCCUUUUUAAUCAACCCAGAACUAAAUGGCUUUUUGCCCCCACCAUCUCACCAAGCAAUUUAUUUCACUGGUAUUCUCAGAAUGGCAGUCUUGAACUCUGAAGACUUGUCUGUGCUCGUUGAUUAUCUUGGUGGAAUAGGCAGAAGACAUGGAAUUAUCUUCGGAGCCGAACCCAAUUUCUUUCAGGAUUUGGGAGUGGCAAUAAUGAGAACAUUAAAUGAAAGAUUUGGAGAAGCUUUUAGCCCUGAGAUUGAACAUGUCUGGAUAUCUUUAUAUUGUUUUCUAGCCAACACAAUGAUUGAUGCUUGCAAUAUCGACACCAUUUUACCAGAAGAGGAAAACCAUGCUCCAGAACUCGAUGAUUCAGCCAUGAACUUUUUCUCGCAGUAUAGUGACAUUUUAAACAUUAAUCAAAGAAAAAGUGGAAACAAUAACUAUAACAAUAACCGAAAUUCUAUUGUAUCGAGAAGAGAGAGGAGUCUGACCAAAAUCAGAGACAAGGACAGAAGGUUGAAUAAAAAGUCAUCAUUUACCAACAGCUCGACGAAUAACUAUAGAAACAAUGUUAAUGGGUCUGUGCGACCUGAAUCUAAUUUAACAAAUGGUUUUUUUUGA